AUGGCAUAUUUGAGCUUUUUCUGUUCUAAGUGUGAAGCAUUAUUCCGCUGUGGUUACUCUUUUUGUUUUGGUGUUACCAUUUAUUUGAAGAAUGGCAUUCCAUUUGAUGUUGUCACUUUUACCACCCUAAUUAGGGCAUUCUUUGCUGAAAAUAAGGUCAAAGAUGCAGUUGAAUUAUUUAAAAAGGUGGUGCAGGAGAAUAUUGAGCCAAAUGGAGUUAUGCAUGCAAUCGUCAUGAAUGGGCUUAGCAAAAAUGGACAUACUCAAAAAGCUUUUAGUUUGCUCCGGUUAAUGGAACAAGGAAACACUAAGCCCAACAUAAAAAAACUACAGCAUUUUUAUAGAUGCCCAUUGCAAAGGUCCAAACUUAGAUGCUGCUAUCGAUCUUUUGAACGAGAUGAAGCGGAGAGGCAUUCCUCUAAUAUAGUCACGUAUAAUUCAAUGAUUUAUAGUUUGUGUAAGUUUGGUCAGUGGGAAAAAGUUAUGAUUUUGUUCUCUAAGAUGGUGAACCCUAAUAUUUAUCCAGAUAUUCUCACCUUCGGCAUGUUGAUUGACGGACUAUGCAAAGAAGGAAAAGUUGAAGAUGCCGAGGAAGAAAAAUUGAUGCGAGACGAUGAAGAAGCACAAAAUAUGGUUAAAGUUGAGGUAGUGGUGGAAGGUGUUGGUGACUUUGGAUAG